AUGAAAGCAGAAAUCCAUCCCCAGUACUUCAAGGCCACCGUCACCUGCUCCUGCGGGAACGUCUUCGAUACCGGCGCCACCAAACCGGCGCUCCGGGUCGAGAUUUGCGGCAAGUGCCACCCCUUCUAUACGGGUGAGCAGCGCAUCGUCGACACGCAGGGCCGAAUCGAGCGUUUUAGCCGGCGCUUCAACCUUGACGGUUAG